AGAUCAGAGACCAGCAGGCGUCUGGGAGAGCUCUCACUCCGCAUUAUCCAUGAAUAAACAUCUUUGUAGAGAAAAGAAACCCUAACCAAAGAUUCCUCUAUCAUCUGUGUCUCACCUUAACCACUCCACGAACAAUGGCUCAAGACAUGACGGAGAAGGAUAUAAUGAAGAUGGAAGUGGAACAGCUAAAGAAAGAAGUCAAAACAGAGAGGGCACCGGUUUCAACAUCUUUAUCAGAAAUGAAGACUUAUAUUGAAUCUCUUACGCCCGAAGAUCCUUUGAUAAAAGGAGUUCCAGAUGACAGGAAUCCCUUUAAGGAGAAAGGCGGAUGUUCGAUAUCCUGAUGAAGGGCUAAACAAUCUCCACUGUGCAAUAGGAUCACAAUAUGGAACUUUCAUUUUUUCAUUGAAUCUCACUGUUAAGAAGAGAUAGAAGGCAAGCCUGAUUCAUAAACCAGGCUUGGGUCCUGAGCUUAAAAAACAUUUGUUUAAUUGGGUAUGUAUUAUCUGUGAUUAGUGUCUCUGGACAAUUAAAAAAAAUAUUCCAAAAA